AGUGUGUCCGCCGUACCGCUGGAGGCCAGUGUGGACAGACGGAAGAGUCGGAGCCAGAGGACGUGAGAGACUGAACCUUGAAGAGCCAGGACGAGGAACAUCCCAGAGCUCGGUUUUAACAUGUCAGUACCGCCCUCACUUCUCCAACGCUGCCCGUUAAUCGUUAAUCCUCCCCGCGCCUGCGGCCCCCAAGUGGCUAGGCCGCCCCUUACGCCCCCCCUCGGUGGGCCAUUCCCUCCCAGAGCAUGCUGAGCCACACCCACCCAUAGUCAAGCUUUCAAAACCCCCACUCCCAAAAGCUCUAAGUUCUCUGAUUGUCUAGGGGCCGAGAAAUUCGAGCUGUAAAAAGACAGUGUGGACCCUCUGAAGGUCCGGAGCUUCGCUCCGCCUAUAGUGAUGGGACCGGUACCGAAGGGGUUAAGUCGGCCUGGGGAAACCUGGGGCUCUAGGCUGGGGGCGGGCCCUGAGGCCUCCUCCGUCCAAACCUAGUGGGCGUUUGGGGGUGGAGGAGUGCUGGUGCUGGUGCUGCAGCAGCUGGUGCUGAGGCAGCUGAUGCAGGUGAGGGGCUUAAAGCCCUGUGAGUGGGAUUUGGCGUGAGCUGAGUUGUGCUGAAUUGUGCUCAAGCUCUGGGAUAGCUAGGAAGGGGAGCCAGGAGGCACUUUCUGGAGCGAGCAGAAACGUGGGCCUCAGCUGCCCACCCACUGCAAGAAAUCCCCCGGCAUAGACCAUCCUGCCAGCAGAACCUAGAAUAAGCCCAGCACGGCUGUCAUCCACAGGAGAUGAACCCUCAUGUGAGAAGAUGCCACUGCCUAGAGACCGUGGCUUUAACCUCCAGCCUGGCACUGAGCCACCUGCAACCUAACAGGAAGUGACCUUGGCUCCCAGCCUGACUCAGCUGAGUCUGGAUCCUACCUCUAGGCAAGAGCUGACUCUGAGCCCUGGCCCAGCGAAGCUGACCUCUAUCCUAGACCCUGUGCACCGGAUGGAGCUGAUCCUGAGUACCAGUCCUGCAAAGCUGACUCUAGAUCCUGCACGCCAGCCAGAACUGUCCCUGAGCCCCAGGCUAGCUGAGCUGACCCUGGAUUCCUCAUGCCAUCCAGAGAUGACCCUCACUCCUGGCCCAGCUGAGCUUACCCUGGAUCCUGAGCACCAGGCAGAAGAGACACCAGCCCCCAACCCAGCUGAAUUGACUCUAGAGCCUGUGCACUGCCGACCUGAGCUCUUGAGUGCUUGUGCUGACCUUAUUAAUGAUCAGUGGCCUCGAAGUCGUGCCUCCCGCCUCCACUCCCUGGGCCAGUCCUCAGAUGCCUUCCCCCUCUGCCUAAUGCUGCUGAGCCCCCGGCCCACACCUGGAGCAGCCCCCAUUGUGGUGGGCCAUGCCCGUCUGUCACGGGUACUGGACCAACCACACAGCCUCUUAGUGGAGACAGUGGUAGUGGCCCGGACUCUGAGAGGCCGUGGCUUUGGCCGCCGCCUCAUGGAGGGCCUGGAGGCUUUUGCCCGGGCCCGAGGCUUCCACCGGUUGCACCUUACCACUCAUGACCAACUUCACUUCUAUUCCCAUCUGGGCUACCACUUGGGUGAGCCUGUGCAGGGUUUGGUCUUCACCAGCCGACGGCUGCCCACUACCCUGCUCCGUGCCUUCUCUAAGACCCCCUGCCCCCAGCCACCCUGCAAGGUGUCUAACCUGGCUACCCAAGUUGUCCCAGGGAGCUCUAAGGGACCCCCAUUGCCAUCACCUCCUCCCCUACGCCAGCCUCUGACCACCUCAUCCCCUCCUCCACCACAGGGGCCCCUUCCUCAAAGCCUGAUAGAGACAAAAUACCGAGACCUCAAGGGGUGCCCCAUAUUCUGGAUGGAAAAAGAUAUCUGAAGGCUGGCCACUAGAUUGCCCAGGACAGUCCCAGCCUCAGUCCAUUGGCCAUACCUCAGCCCCCUCAAGCCCCUGGAGGCAGCCUUUGCCUGGGUAUGUUUCCUGGGUACCAAUGGGCCAGGAGGUGGCUUCAGAGCUUUGGCUCAGACCUGUCAGUGUAGCUGAAUAAAGGCUUCCAUUGGGUGUG